ACAGGGUCCCAGCGCAGGGGGAACAGGGAAUGCACCGCUCCCCCGCCGGCCCUGCAGAAGUCGCGCUCCAGCCCGCCGACGCCUGCCCGCCCUCCUUCCCUGGCUCCCGCUGGCCAGAGAGCCGAGCAGACGCCUCCGGCUUCCUGCCCGAGCCGAGGUGGUCUGGCGGCGGCUCGGACUGACUCCCCGCCGGCUGGCUGGAGGCUCCUCCUCACAGCCGAGUCGGCAAAGGGAGCCCGCAUUCGCCCACCCUCCCUCGCUGCUGGAAGGCAAACGACCAGCCAGGUGCCGCCUCCCCUCCAGGGAAGGCCUCCGGGCCCUGGCCGGCAGCAGCGGCGGCAGCAGCACACGCGGCGCGCUUUCUUGCUCCCUGAGCCCGGCGCUUCUCGAGGGAGGAUGGCUGCCUGCCCGCGUGCCCGUGGGCGGCCGGGCGGGCUUUCCUGCAGAGCAGACGGCCUUUCCAGGCUCCCAGCUGCCCCGGGCGUGCGUUUCUGGACGGCUCUCCUGGCUCUCGACGCGACAGCAGCGCGAGGGGGAGGCGCAGGCUUUGGGACUGGCUGGGAGGGAGCAGCCGCGACGGCGGGACAGAGUGCGAGGUCCUGGGCGCUUCGACGGCCGCGCCUCCUUGCUCCGGGCCUAGGCGAAGUGAGCCGGCCGUCUCCCCCGCGCACGCCCAGACUCCGCUUCCUCUCCUCCCUGCUGCGCUGACGGGGCGGCCGGCGGGCGGGCGGGCGAGUCGCGCCAGCCUGCGGGGCUCUUUGGGCUCUGUGCCCGCUCGGCAGGGACGCGAGGCGGCUAGCCCCGAGCCAAGCGGCCUCUUGGGGCGCUGCGGCUCCCUUCCCGUCCCGCCAUCAAGGGCGCCAACUUUUUCUGCAUUUAACAGCUGCUUGGCGAACAAAACAAGCCCGGCAGGAGGAGGGCAGAUUCUCCGGGGAUGGAGGCUUCUUGCUUGGAGCUGGCCCUCGAAGGAGAGCGUUUGUGCAAAGCGGGAGAUUUUAAAGCUGGCGUUGCCUUCUUCGAAGCGGCUGUGCAGGUGGGCACAGAGGACUUGAAGACUCUGAGUGCCAUCUACAGCCAACUGGGCAAUGCCUACUUCUACCUGAAGGAGUAUGCCAAAGCACUAGAGUACCAUAAGCACGAUCUCACCCUAGCCAGGACCAUUGCAGACCGCGUUGGAGAAGCCAAGGCCAGUGGGAAUCUUGGCAACACGCUGAAAAUCCUCGGGCAGUUUGAUGAAGCCGUUGUCUGUUGCCAGAGGCACCUGGACAUCUCGCAGGAGCAGGGAGACAAGGUAGGAGAGGCCCGUGCCCUGUACAACAUCGGCAAUGUCUACCACGCAAAAGGCAAGCAGCUGUCGUGGAGCCUGCCGCAGGAGCCAGGCCGCUUGCCCGAAGAGGUCCAGGAUAGUCUGGAGAGGGCAUCUGAAUUCUACGAGAAGAACCUGUCCCUGGUGAAGGAGCUUGGUGACAGAGCCGCUCAGGGGCGAGCGUACGGGAAUCUGGGGAACACACACUAUUUGCUUGCCAACUUCAGCAAAGCCAUCAUCUUCCAUAAGCAGCGACUCGCCAUCGCCAAGGAGUUUGGCGACAAGGCAGCUGAAAGGAGAGCGCACAGCAAUUUGGGGAACGCCCACAUCUUCCUCGGGAGGUUCCACAUCUCAGCUGAGUACUACAAGAAAACGCUGCAUCUCUCCAGGCAACUGAAAGACCGGGCGGUGGAGGCUCAGUCUUGCUACAGCCUUGGGAAUACCUACACCCUCCUCCAAGACUACGAGAAAGCGGUUGAGUACCACCUGAAGCACCUCUCCAUCGCACAGGAGCUUGGGGACCGAGUGGGAGAAGGAAGAGCCUGCUGGAGUUUAGAAAAUGCCUACGUCUCCCUCGGGAACCGUGAACAAGCGUUACACUUUGCAGAGAAACAUCUUGAAAUCUCCCAGGAGAUCGGAGACCACCGUGGGCAGGUCACAGCUUGUGCGAACGUUGCCCAGCUGAGGUCUGCCCUGGGCCUGAAGCAGAACGGCGAUGAUAUCCCAGAGACACCCGCGGCUUGCACUGGCUAUGAAGUGCAGGGGGCCAGGCCAAAGAGGACCCAGAGGAACAGCAUGAACAGCCUGGAGCUCCUGAGCUUCCCUUCUGAAAAGGACCAGAAUGGAGAGAGCCCCCCCAUGGGAAACCUGAACAUUACUGGGAACCAUUUCUUGUCUCUACCUGUCAGAUCUAAGAAAUACCUGAAAGACCAAUCCGUUUUGGAAAGGAAGCUUCCAGAGUCCAGUGAAUCCCCAUUGGAAACCAGUGAUGUCCGGGUCCAGGUGUCCCAACUGAAAAUCAAGCAGGCCCCUUCAGAGGAGUGCUUCUUUGACCUACUGAGCAAAUUCCAGAGCAACCGAAUGGAUGACCAACGCUGUCCUUUGGAAGAGGGCCAGAAGGGGGCGGAGGAGGACGCCAGGACCUCUGAGCCAGUCCCUACCCUGGGGGAGAGGGUCUCCCAGUCCUCGUCAAUGGCCUCCCCGCAGACCGAGGAGCUCUUCGACCUUAUUGCCAGUUCCCAGAGCCGGCGGCUCGAUGACCAGCGGGCCAGCGUGGGGAAUCUGCCUGGCCUCCGCAUCACGCACAACAACUUGAGCCACCUUCACAUGGAGGGUGACAUGCAGGAGCCAGGCGACGAGUUCUUCAACAUGCUCAUGAAAUGCCAGUCAUCCCGCAUUGACGAGCAGCGGUGCGCCCCCCCCGACUCAGUCCCCCACGGCCCCACCGUGCCAGACGAGGACUUCUUCAGCCUCAUCCAACGGGUCCAGGCCAAGCGCAUGAAUGAGCAGAGGGUGGACCUGGCCUCAGCCGAGGAAGAAGAGGAGGAGGAGAAGGAGGAGGCGGCGGCUGAGGAGCCACAGCCAGAGGCCCAGCAGAGGCCCAGCUUCAGCUAAGGGGCCGUGCAGGGUCCUGGGGGGAGAGGGUGGGGCUUGGAGCGCCUCCCGGCUGCCAGCGCUCCCCAGACUGGCCUCCCAUCUGCACCCCUUUGCCCUGAUGGAAAAGGGAGGGAAGGGGGCGGCAGAGGGGACAAUGGGCCGGGGUGGGCUCUGUUGCGGAGGUGGCUCCUCUGACCGACAGGACAAAGCCUUUGCGGGUUAGUUGAGCCAGCAAUGAACUUCAGCCAACCAGGUUCGAGAGGAGCAAUGCUAAGGGCGGCAAUGUUGCAAGGGAGGCCCAUCCAUUGGAGGUGGCCAUUACUUUUGAUACUGGGGGCGGGGGGAGGAGGAGGAUGUCUGGAGCAUCAGUCUGUCGAGGGCCGAAAAGCUAAAAGUAGUGCCUCCACCAUCAAGGGCAGUCUACCUCUGGCAGGUAUUGGAGGCAAACAGGGCAGAGAGCGCCCAGAGGCACUGGGAGCAAAACGCUGGGUUAAGGUGGACCCACCUGGGCCUCAGGCAGGCAAGCAAAGGACCUGCACCCCCAAAACUAGAAGAGACGUUUUUGGUUGCAGGCGUGGGAAGGACCCAAGGCGGCGGCUGCUGCUGCUGCUACUGCUGCUCUCACUCAGACCAGUCUGUGCCUCUACCCCUCCCCCCCAAGCCUUUGCUAAUCUGGUGCCCUCCAGAUGCUGCUGGGCUGGAGUGCAGCUCCCAUCAGCCCUAGGGGUGUUCUGCAGCUGUGCAAGUUGGGCUGGUGGGAGUCCAGAACAGCUGGAGGGUCUCCCUGUUGGUAAAGGCUCCUCUGCCCCUUUGAAUCUAUGUCUGUGCCAAGCUAACGCCCAGUUUUGCAUUCUGAAUCAAAGACAAUAAUCAGCAAAUGUAUAUGCAGAUAACCCCAUUUUGCAUAACAAAGCUCAGUGGGCUUGCUUUAUUCUCAAGUGCAGUCUGGUGGCUGUGGGGAGGGGGGAGGGGCAUCAAGGACAGUCGCUACUGGCCCAGGGAGACCUUAGCAGUUAUUAAUGAGGGCUAGAAGCUUGCAACGCUUUCCUCAGGCAGCAAGUUGCACAUGACAUUCCUCUAUUUACUUGCUAGUUAAGGGAUUUUUUUCCAUUAAAAUGUUCAUGUAAGCAGCCAAUGAUCUCUCUUAAUCAUUUGCACUGUAGUAGGCGGUGUCGGUCUUUUGGCACAGAGGAAAGAAAACUCUUUUUAAGGUGCCAUAAGGCUCUUUCUUGUUUUUAAUCAUGGUGUUGGUAUUUUUGGAGGUGUUUCCUCGUAGCCCACCUACUGGCUUCCCAUUUGGAAGGCCUCUGGCCUGGCAAGGACUUAAUCAAGGAGCAGCUGCGACAGCAAGUUCCUGUGCCGUUGGGGAAUUCUGAAGCCAGCAGUGUCCACGUUUCUAAGGCUCCGGUGGAAUUCCUGCCUGCCUCUAGUUUUGGGAGGAACAGGAACUCUGUCCUAGGUGGAAACGGGCCGUGCUGGUGACACUUCACAUCCUCCUGUGGCUUCCCAAGUAUCUUAUCUAUGCAGCUGGAGCGUUGUCAAAAGAAACACCAGACUUUCCUCAACAGGGUCAGACCCCACUGGAGAGGAGGAGCCCCUUUUAGCUAAGAGCCCUGCGCUGAGGCAGGCUGGAUAAGGAUGCUGUCCUCUCGGCAGUGGGGCUGCGUCUGAGGCAGCCUCCGAACGACCACCGCAGGAGCAGGGACCCGAUGCCGGUGGAGGAAGAGGAAGGGGCCUCCCUCCUUGUGCCUCACCUCACCUCCUCCUGCCACCGUUGCCAUCCCACACCAGGGGCUGAGGGGGAAGAAGGGGGGGUCCUACAGUUGUGUAAAAAGGAAAAAAGUGCGAUGUUAGUUUUCCCUUGGUCCUGAAGAACGGCCAGCUGUCUGCUUGCUUCUGUCAUAACAUGGGAUAUGGGACCUGUGGGGUAUGCGCAAAGUAGUGCUAAGUCACCAUGGUCCUGUCUACACCAAGGAGCUCCACUUUUACAACCGGACUCCCCCGUCUCCUCUGUUCUUCUCCCCCAAAUCUGUAUCCCUACCCUCCAGAGCAGAUUUUGGGAGUCCCAUUGCAAAAGCGGAAGCCCUUGCACUGACUGGACGUGUUAGCUGGAUGCUACCCUCCACACAGGCCUCUGGAUGCUGUCGGAUGGCAGGGAUGACGGGAGCUGCAGUCCAGCCCCAUCUGGAUGGGCACAGCUGUCCCCUAGUCCUGCCCUACCGCAAGCAGCUGCUCUUCCACUCCUCUUGCGCACGCUUGGCUGUCCUCUGCUGUUUAUGGACUGCUGCUGACCUCUUUUUAAGUCGGUACAAUAGCAAGGAGGUGCCAUCCUCUGUAGAUCCACCUUUCCAAGCAGAAGGCCCAUCUGGAGAACAUCGGCCUGUCUCUUAGUGUGACAAGCAAGCUUGGACCUGGUACAGUGAAGGGAAGAGCCACCCCUGUCCCAGCCAGCAGUGAACUAAAUGGACUGGAAUCAGCAGCCUGCUUGGAGGAAGAGCUCUGCCCAUGUACUUGAAUGUACUAGCUAAUUUAUUUUUUUUAAAAGACAAGUGUUUAAUGAUGUGAUUUGGUUGGGGGGGCUCUGUCUACAUGGUACUUUCCCUCUAAAAAUCAAAGAGCUGCCAAAUGUUCAUACAUAGAUAUCAGGAGAGGUGGGGUGUUUAUUAAACAUUUUGU